AUGCGUCUGCCCGGUAGAGGCAGCCAGGUGAUGGAAAUCGCGGUGCUGGUGCUGGAAGAGGAUCCUGAAGUUCAGUCCUGUGGCAUGGCAGCUGGAUCUGAACCUCUGGAGCCUUGCAGGGACAGCGAUGCCUGCUUCUGUCUUCUUUCAUACCUCUCUUUCUCUUGCAGGUAUUUCAAGUGGUGGUACAAGAAGACACGCAUAGAAAAGAAAUCUGCCUUCAUUGACCUCUUGUGUGCCGUUCCUCUGCAGCAGAUCUAUGGGUGCCCGCUGGGUGGGAUCGGGGGAGGCACCAUCACCCGUGGCUGGCGGGGAGAGUUCUGCCGCUGGCAGCUGAACCCUGGCAUUUAUCACUACGAAACGGUCAUCGCCGACCAGUUCACGGUGUGCCUGCGUUGCAAGGGGCAGACGGUUUACCAGCAGGUCUUGUCCGUGGAGAGACCCAGCACUCUGCAGGGCUGGAACUGGGGCUACUGUGGCCACUACGCUUUCUACCAUGCCCUGUACCCCCGUGCCUGGAUGGUCUAUGAGCUACCGGGGCAAAACGUGGUCCUCACUUGCCGCCAGGUCUCUCCUGUCAUCCCUCAUGACUAUAAGGACUCCAGCUUGCCAGUCGGAGUGUUCAUCUGGGAAGUGGAGAAUGGGAAGGAAGAGGAUGUGGAAGUCUCCAUCAUGUUCAGCAUGCAGAAUGGCACAGGAACAAAGGAGGACAGGAGAGGAGGGCACUGGAAUGAGCCCUUUGUCGUUGAGAAGGAGGGUGAGCGGGUUGCUGGAGUCCUGCUGCACCACUGCACGCCGGUGAACCCCUUCACCCUCGCCAUCUCUGCCCGGGAGAAGGCUGGCACGGGAGUGACCCACCUCACGGAAUUCAAUCCCGCGGGAUCGGGUAGAGAGGUGUGGCAGGACCUUCUGCAGGACGGCAGGCUGGAUUCACCUGCCAGUAAAAGCAGCCCAACAGAGAAGGGGGAGGUGACAGCAGCAGCAGUGUGUGCCAGCUGUAGGGUGCCUGCCCGGGGGCACAAGACGUUGGAGCUGGCCUUGGCUUGGGGCAUGCCCUGUGUUCACUUUGGCUCCAGGGAGAAGCUACACUUCAGGCGGUACACCCGUUUUUUUGGCAGUGGAGACGAUGCUGUUCCUGCCCUGUCGCAUUAUGCCCUGACACACUAUGAGGAGUGGGAGAGGAAGAUCGAAGCGUGGCAGAAGCCCAUCCUGGAGAGCAGCCAGCUGCCUUCCUGGUACAAGUCAGCCCUCUUCAAUGAGCUGUACUUCAUGACAGACGGGGGUACCAUCUGGGUGGAGGUGCCCCCAGACUGCUGUGCUGAAGACCUGCAGGGGCCGGCAGGGGCUGGCCUUUCACACCUCCUCCCUGUCCUGCGGGAGUACGGAAGGUUUGCUUAUUUGGAAGGCCAGGAGUACCGGAUGUACAACACCUAUGAUGUCCACUUCUAUGCCUCCUUUGCUCUCAUCAUGCUGUGGCCCAAGCUGCAGAUCAGCCUGCAGUAUGACAUUGCUGUCACUGUGGUGAAUGAGGAUAUCCAGCCCAGGCAGUACUUGAUGUGUGGUCAGACAGCCCAGGUGAAGCUGAAGAAUGUGGUGCCACACGACAUUGGGGAUCCAGAUGACGAGCCAUGGCAGCGUGUCAAUGCCUACCUGAUGCACGACACGGCCAACUGGAAGGACCUCAACCUGAAGUUUGUGCUGCAGGUGUACCGUGACUACUACCUGACCCACGACUCCCUGUACUUGCGGGACAUGUGGCCAGUCUGCCAGGCUGUGAUGGAGUCAGAGCUGAAGUUUGACACGGAUAACGAUGGGCUAAUUGAAAACGGUGGCUUUGCUGACCAGACCUAUGACGCAUGGGUUGUAAAUGGAGCCAGUGCCUACUGUGGCGGGCUGUGGCUGGCAGCCGUCUGCAUGAUGUGCAAGAUGGCAGAGGUGCUUGGGGAUGCUGAGAUCCAGAAGAAAUACUCAGACAUCCUCAGCAAGGGCAAGGAGGCAUUUGAGAGGAUGCUCUGGAAUGGAAAAUACUACAACUAUGACAGCAGUGGGAGUGAUACGUCCAGCAGCAUCAUGUCAGACCAGUGUGCUGGGCAGUGGUUUCUAGGGGCUUGUGGCCUGGACCAAGGGGAGUUUGAGGUCUUCCCCAAGAGUCAUGUUGUCAGUGCACUCAAGACCAUCUUUGAGAAGAAUGUCAUGAGCUUUGCUGGUGGCACCAUGGGAGCGGUGAAUGGCAUGAGACCUGACGGGGUGCCCGACACCUCCAGCGUGCAGUCCAACGAGGUGUGGAUUGGUGUGGUCUAUGCCUUGGCUGCCACCAUGAUCCAGGAGGGGCUAGUGGAGGAGGGCUUUCGUACGGCAGAGGGCUGCUACCGGACGGUUUGGGAGCGGCUGGGCAUGGCUUUCCAGACACCAGAGGCCUAUCGUGAAAAGAAGGUCUACCGUUCACUGGCUUACAUGCGGCCCCUUAGCAUCUGGAGCAUGCAGCUGGCCCUGGAGCGCAGAGCUGGACAGGCCCCAGCACCCACGCACCCCCACCAGGUCUCCAUCCACCCCUGA